AUGAGGGACCGGCUGGCGGAGCUGCGUCACAGAGCUCAGGACGACGAAGAUGAAACUGACAGCUCCAGUCCGUUCCCAGAGGAGCAGGAUGACGAGGACACAGUGGUGGGCAUCAUCACUCCAGAGGCUGUGGUCUUUGAGGCAGACUCCACAGUUACAAAUCUACUGUCUGACAUCCAGCAGAUCAGAGAUGACAUCACAGCACUGGACGUGGAGGUGGUGAAGUUCAGCCAGCAGCAGAAGUCUCUGGUGGCCACAAUGCGUCGCUUCAGUGUGAUGAAGAAGGAGAGCAGCAUCACACGAGACAUAAAGCUCCAGGCUGAGAGCAUCCACAGACGGCUGGACGCUCUGUCCAAGCAGCUGCAGAAGACGGAGGAGCUGGGGGCCGCUUCAGUCACAGCUCGGAUCCAGAGGACUCAGCACGCCGCACUCUCACGCAAGUUCCACCAGGUUAUGCGUCUGUACAAUGAGAGUUUGCAGAGUAAGCAGGAGCGCUGCAGACACUUCAUUAUCCGUCAGCUGGAGGUCUCUGGCCGCGAUGUGACGGAGGACGAGGUGAACGAGAUGGUGGCGUCGGGGAAGUGGGAGGUUUUCAACGAGAACCUGCUCAACGACGCUCGAAUCACGCGCUCGCAGCUGUCGGAGAUCGAGCAGAGACAUAAGGAACUGCUGAGCCUGGAGAACAACAUGAGGGAGUUGAGGGACUUGUUUAUGGACAUAUUUCUGGUGGUGGAGGAACAAGGCGCCUUCAUCGACCACAUCCAGACCAACGUGGAGAGGACUCAGGACUACGUGGCGGUCACUAACGAGAAAUUCAAACUUGCCGCACGAUACAAGAAGAAAAACCCUCUCCGCCGUCUGUGCUGCUGCUGCUGCCCGCCGUGGAGAUGCUGCUUUUAA